AUGUCCAUGCAAAUGGUAUUCAUCGUUUCUGUAAAGACUGAUGAAGUUCGCACUUCACUAGUAAUCUUCCUUACUGGCACUGUUCGUUCAAGAAACGUAUGGCAGGUUUUUAACUAUUUCUUUGGUGAUGAAGAGGAACACCAUGAGCAGAACUCGAUUCCGGACGACGAUGAAGAUCGCGAUAAAAGAAAAAACAUCAGUGAAGGAACUCCAGCUGUUAAAGAGGAGGAUAAUGAAAUUUCGCGUGUAGAUCCAUAUACUCAAGGAAGUAAAGGAAAAUACACUGACAAUCGUGUUGGCGUUAUCCAUACACCAAAAAACAGUUCCUGGACUGACGAAGGCUACAGAAAGUAUUUGGAAGAAUUGGCAAGCUAUCUUGAAAACCUCAGUACUCAGGACAAUGGUUUUGGUGAAGGCGCAGGCUUCGCAUAUACGCACUUCCAAAUGUCGUUUGGUCGAGUUGAUGAGUACGGCUACUUUAUUGGUGAAGGUGGUGGAGCUUUUGAUGAUUUUGGAGAUCCAGAUUAUGACAUUGACGACGUUUACCCUGUUUUUAGUGAUUAUAGUGAUAGUGAUUAUGGUCAUGAUGAGUUAAAAUAA